AUGAACACCUCACUGCAUUGCUCUCCGAACAGCGCAUUUACUGCUCCACCAGUAGAACAUAAUUAUGAGUUUUUGCCUUUCGAAAGAACUGCAUCUUUCUCGCAAGAGAACAUAGAUCCAUUUUACGAGCAACGAGAAUCAGCGCAAGUCAUCCAGCCUACUCCAAUAUGCAUGGAAGCGUACAACACCUUUCACACCCCACUUUACACAUCACUAGCAGCGCAAAGCAGCAUCUCCGUACCUAUGAUACCGCUACCGUUUCUUCACGAGCUCGGUUUCGAGACAGGAUUCAUCCGUAAGCGAAACGAACGGGAGCGAAUGCGAGUUCGAACAGUCAACGAAGGCUACGCUCGUUUACGAGAUCAUCUACCGCUUGAGGUAUCCGAAAAGCGAAUGUCGAAAGUUGAGACUCUCCGUGCUGCAAUCAAAUACAUCAAGUACCUCCAAGAACUUCUUGAUGAAGCUGGAACGAAAGAAUCAGAGCCUUGCAGAAAAAAGAGGAAGAUGGUACACACAGGCGAUUCUAGCAACUCAGGAAAAUUUUUGAAAAUUGAAGAACAAGUCUAG